CCAUCAUCGUAAUCGCUCACCAUGGGGCAGUACUGGGCAAUAAUAAGCAUCGACAACAGGGAAACCACCGGGCACUUGGGAAAGCUGGGAGAGUUCUUCUGGAUGCCAGAAGACUCCCUUGUCAGCUGCCUGACGACUCCUGUGAUUCCAUCGUCUUACAAGACUGACUCUGCCAUCGGCGUUUUUGAAGGGAUAUCACAAAAGCAAAAAAAGAAUUAUCCUCCAUCGAUCCUUUUGUCACUUCCGCAUGAGCUCUUGCUUGUGAUAGCAGAAGAACUUUUGGAGAAAUAUCUCGAUCUCAUUUGCUUUUCUCUUACAUGCAUAGACGCAUGGGAGCUGACUGAACAAGUCCGAUACAAAUCUCUGUCUCGAGAAAUAAAGAGAAAAAGCUGGGCCGGUAGUCGUAUAAUCCUGUUAGGAGAUUACGCCUGUGCCUUGCCCCAGGGACUCCUUACCGAUGCAGAAAAGAAGGAGCUCAGGCUUGACGGUUACGCAGAUCAUGAAUUAGGGUCACUUCUCUAUGCUCACAAAGCUUUUGGGAUGCCGUCCUAUAAAAUCCCCAAUGACCUUUAUUAUGACGCAAUAGUUCAGGACAAUGAUCUUCUUUGGGAUGAACUCCGGUACUUUGCUCGUCGCAAGCCAUUCUCCCAAUGGAUCAGGCUACCAGGAAAUUUUAAACUCACCAAGUCAUCGUCCUCGAAAGAUCUUUGGAUGGUCCGCAAUCUCACCAAACAGGAGUAUGUAAUUCCCACCAGACCGCAGAGCCUCACACAGGUUGUCUACAGUCUCAUAGGAUGCUCCGAUGACGCUUCCGUUUCCAUGCAAGGUGAAAGGUGUAGUGAGCUUAUCAACGGACCCUGGGCAGGAGAUAGGAUUGACAUCACACUUGUCUCAAUCCAUAGGCAAGAGCAUGCACCUGAGGAAGGAUCCAGUUGGAAAGACAUCACUGUCAGUGUCAAGGAGUUGUUGGAGGCAUUGGCGACAGAAGACGACGAUUAUGGUGUUUUCGAAUUCUAGACACUUGUACACAGUUCUAACCUGAAAUCCUUUAUCCUUUGGGAACAUUGCUUCUCUUACUCGUAUAAUUUGGAAAUCGUGGAUGCACAAGAAGGUUGAGUGAAUGAUAGGCUGAAUGAACUCAGCAGUCCGCUCAAAGGAAAUAAUACAUAAUAUGUGUGGCUUGUGGCCUAACGAGCGAAGUAAAAAAAAAAGGUCCAC